GGCCGAAAGCUCAGGAUACUCAGACUGCUGCAGAGUCUCGUACGUGUAUUCUACGGGUGCAAGCUCUGAAAGGAAGAAAUUGGAGCUUGCGCAAAACAGAGACCAAUAUGGAUUCCCACUGCGUCCAUAAAUGACACGUCUUUUGUUGAAGCGUCGAGUUAGGGAUAGUAGCUGACGCGCUAAACCGUCUGUUAUCUGUGAUUGGGUUAGUUUGACUGUUAUGCAACGUGUGUAGGAGAGAGGGAGAGAGAGAGAGAACUUGCGAAGCAACAUGUCUCAGGAAUAUAUUUACGCCUGUCAAAGAGCGGAACUUUUGGGUCUGCCAACUCCGAGCGAAGAGGAAUGGGCGAAGUCGCAGAAAGACAUUCAGAGGAAUUUGAAUGAGGAAUUGGAGGACGAAGAGGACAGGAUUGCUGUGGAUCUGGAUCAGAAGGAUGAAAGUCUUCGAGGUGUUACUGGUGGACUUGAUGAAUUAAAUAGUAUCCUUAAUGCGACACAGAAAAAGAUCAACAGAUUUAAGACUGUUUGUGGCAGUCUUACAAACAUCUUGAAGGUUCGCGUCAGUUCACGCAACGGUACACCAGAUCACAGGCCGCUAAAAGCAAAUCCGGAUGCGGAAGAGGCUACUCCUGAUAUUUUAAUUGCUGAUGAAAAUAUAACUGUGGAAACGACGGAGCAGGUGGAUCAAGAGGAUCCAGGAAAUUCUGUAAAUUCAAAAAGUGCUAUGACUGGCAGGAAAAUUGAUAUCAAUCAGAAAGUCGAAUCUCAUAUUGAUAAACUUGAUUCUCUUAUCACUAAAGCGGAAAAGGCUCAGUACAGCAUGCAGUGUCAAACGAAGGAGAUGAAGAAAUUCCUUAAGUAACUGAAAUGACAAGGAAAGUAAAUAGAUUAAUUAUUUUUUCUCAUAAAAUUCAAUAUCAUUCGUGAUAUGAGUGGCUGGCAAGGAUUAUUUGGAUUAUAAUCAAAAUUGUAUCGCGUGAGGAAAUUGCGAGGAUAUUUAAUAAUGCGACUAGAGUAACUAUCGAAAUAAAUCGUAUUGAGUGAAGGAAGAAAUGUUUUCCAAAAUUCAAGACACAUGCCGGUGCUUGUUAUAUAUAUCAAUCGUUAAGUAGAUUCUGUUUAGCUAUUGUUGACAAUGAUGAUGAUUAUAAGAUUUAUAUUGAAGACUACAAAUAUUUGCUAUACAAUGUUUUGCAAUCGAAAGGGGAUGAUUAUUACUGAACUAACGAAUUUGCUUGUUGUGCAGCGUUUUCCUAUAUCUUCAAAAAUAUAAUACAGCAUACGUAUGUCUAUUGCAAAUAACAAUUAACACGCUAUAGUGAAUCUAACCGCUUACAUGUCUAAUUUUACGGGACACAUGUGUUGCAUUAACAGAUUUCACGGUAAUUUAUAUAGUCAAUAUAGUUAAUGAACGUUGCAAUUUACCAUCAUGACACAAGUAAGAUACUGAUAACAGAACGCUAAUUAAUUAUGUUAAUCAAUGCCUUCAAUUCGCCAAGGAAUUUGGCAAUAUGCUUAUAAUGCUAUUGAUACUGAUAUUAUAAUGAUAUUGAUCUUCCAAUCUCUGCAACCUUAUACUAUUAUUUGUUAAAAUAAGUGUUAACAAGGAUAAAAUCUUUAGAAGUAA